AUGUUCGUAAUUGCUCCGAGGAAUGCCUUCAUACUUUUCUUCAAACAUUGCGACAAUCAGCCGUAUUCAUGGCUUGAAGGUACGAUUGACUGCAUAUUAUGGGUUAUCGGGUCCUCUUUGCCUAAUAUAGAAACUAUCAUCAAUGAAGAUCUCAUUUUAUCACGAGCUAAAAAUAUCGUGGCCGAUAUUGAGGGUAUUACAAAAUAUAUUGAAGCGGGCAGUUUUUCAACAUAUUUAAAUGGUUUAAUCGAUCCCGAGAUUACGCGACAUUUUCUUCAAAUGCGAUUCUGUGUGGAAGAUUUGUUGAAAAAAACACACAAAACAGCAAAACUGUAUAUGAGUUUACAUGAAUAUCUAAAGCAGUUUGAAGUGCCGCAAGACCUUACAAUCGCUAAUGCUGAUUUAUUGCGAGAACAAUCUGAAGAAUUAAAGAAUCGAUGGAAUGCUGUGAAAGAUGAACCAGAUGUGAUAUUUUUGUUGCAUCGUGGCGAAAUACUGUGCGAAGAACUAAAAACACAAUAUAGCAAUCUUCACCAUCUUGAUUCUUACCUCUUCGCUGAUGCAGUAAAUCGUGCUGUAUCAGGAUUCGAAGAAGUUAAAGUUGUAAUGCAGCGAAGUAGUUCAAGCAUAUCAAAACGUCUAUACGCUCUUAAAUGUUCAGCAGAAGCAGUUGAAUUUUUGAAAUAUGUUCCACAGUUGAUGGAAUUUAUCAAUAAUGAAAUAGAUGAUUUGGAACAGCUAAAAGUAAUCAAGAUAUUCAGUGUUGUAAGAUUGACAUCUCAGAUUAAGCAAGUGGAUAGUAAAACCACAGAAUUGACAAGAUACUUAGAUGAAGCUGAUAGCCGUCUGAAAGAAGUGGCGCAUUUGCCAGAGGAAGGCUCAUUUGGAAAUGUAGACCGGAAAAGAAUCACUGAUAUGUUCGAUUCAUUCAGUUCCUUUCUAGUAUCUUGUAAACAGCGUGUUAUGGAAGUACGGCCUAUUGUUCAAGCUGCACUUGAUUCCCGUAUUCACAUUGAUCAGGUGUAUAAUUGGGCUUUGCUUCACGCUAAAAGAAGUGAUAAUGAAAAGGAGAAAGAAAUGUUAGUUUCGAAAUAUCCGUCUACUGCUAUUGCUCGUCUUCAUGAGUAUGUCGCUGUUAGUUCGACUGAUUGCACAGUUCGACAGGAAAUAGAAAAAUUACUUUCGGAUUGCGAAAAAGCCAUUAUGGGUUUGGAUCCUACACUCAAGAUUUGCGAUUUACGUUGCCAAAUGAGCGCUAGCUCAAGUCAAGAAAGUGGUGAUGGUACUGCGAGUCAGGAAGUUGGCGCUGUUGAUUCAUGCUUUAGUGGAGAAGCUGAUUGUUCAAUCAUUGAUUUAUCGUUACCAAAAAGUCGUUGCUCUGAUUUAUCAGAUUCAGUGUCUGAUACACCAAUGGAGGUAUAUUCGGAUGUGGAAGAAAGUUUUACUGUUGAUUUGCGGAAUGAUUUGAAUGCAACUGAACAUUCUCGGCAACAGACAAGCCCAGCUCCAACUCAGUAUGAAAUUCCAAUUUCAAAAGCAACUACUUCAACAGAACAUCAGCAGCCGGGAUUAACAGAAUUGGAAGAAGUUCGAUGGCGUCGCAAUUCAUGGGCACCAUCGGUACAUACCGGUCCAUUGGAAAUCAUUGAGGAAUCCGCAAUUGGAGCUGCACCUGUAACCCUUAAUAUGACUAAUAAAGUGAUUACAUCGAUGUCAACAAAUACAUUGCACAAAAGAUUGGAUCAACGUCGUUCUGCUAGUACUGUUCCAUUACGUCUUCCAAAUCCAUUCCUGAUAAACGGAGCUGCUCGUCCCGGAUCAGCACGAUUUGUGGUAUCUCAGAAAUCACGGCGUCCAUUGAUGAGAACUUCUAGUAGUGAUUUUUUGGAAGAGGAUUGUCGUUCAGCUCUAAGCGCUUUCCAGUUUCUGGACGAUGACUGCUGCAGCAUAAGUGAAUCAUCACCUCAACCAACUAUCGCAUCAGCAUUCUCAGCUUUGGAUUUUUCGAUGCGUUCCGAACAGAUAGAUAUGAUACGAGAUUGGCUAAGUCCGGCGAAAACAAGUGAUGCGAAUUUCAGAAUUGAAUGUACUGUUGUACGGGAUUUGCUGGAUUCGGAAAUUGAUUAUGUCAGUGCUUUAAGGCUUGUCGUUCAGGAUUUCUUGCCGGAAAUGGCUCGAGUUGAUAUCCCGAGUGCACUUCGUGGUAAAAAGUCAUGUAUUUUUGGAAAUAUCGAGAAACUUUUUCAAUUCCAUGCUCAUUCAUUUUUGCCUCAGCUUAUUUCACGACUGAGAUUUCGUUGUGCUGAUGAAUCAGUUUCAAUGACAACUGGGCGAUUAUUUCUCGAUAAUCUUAGCUAUUUUGAAUUGUAUGCAUUGUAUGCAAAAAAUAAACCUAAAUCUGAUCAAUUGAUGCGUGAAGCUGGGCAUAAAUUUUUUAGUUCUGUACAGAGCAUGGCUGACUUAUCACAUUUAUUAAUUAAACCGAUUGAGAGGAUAGGAAAAUAUGCGCUUGCACUUCAGCAACUUCUCAAUGCUGCACCACCAAACAAAGUGGAAGUUGUAGAGGUAUUAGAAAAAGUGGCUAUGAUAGUUGGGCAGCAAAUUCGUCGUGGUACUGAUUUAUUAGCAAUGGAACGAAUAAGUAGUUGCGAUUUGAAUCUCAAGGAGCAAGGAAAUUUGUUACGGCAUGAUACGAUGUAUGUCACUGAAAAACGUGGUUUGCAAUCUAAGAAACGUGUACGAAGCGUAUUCCUAUUCGAGAAUUGUGUUGUCCUUACAAAACCAAAAUUAUCUCGAUCAUGGCGAGGAAAUACAUUUGAUGAGCUGAAAUAUAAAAGUAGUAUACAGAUGACUGACUGCGGCUUAACAGAAAUGGUGAAAGAUUCAAAAGUUAAAUUUGAAUUGUGGUUUCGAAAGCAGAAAAAUUCAUUCACAUAUGUAAUGGAGUCACAAACAGCAAGUAUUCGUGAUGCUUGGGUUGAAGAUAUUCGUAAUAUUCUUUGGAAUCAAGCAAUUCGAAGUCGUGAAAAGAAUAUUCGUGAAAAGGCAAAUAUGGGCAUUGAGUUACAUUCCUCGUAUAUUCAUUUAGCACCACGCGCUACGCUUAGUGGAUUGCGUGAUUAUGGUUUUGUGGAAGGUACUCGACGACCAUGCUCACUAAUAUCAUUAACAGCUUCGUCAUGUUCAAGUUCAAAUAAUUUAGGACGAGUACAAGGAAGGGGUACAUGCGAAAUUAGCGGUGAUCUUUGUCGGGUGGAAGAAGGUGACGAAUGGGAAAGUAUGCACGAAUCCAGUCCAACUGUCAAGUAUGCAGAAAGCACACUUCCACGUUUUCGAGCUCCACCACCACCAGAUCUGAAUCAGUAA